UAGUUUGGAGUCACCAAGACUCAGAACUGAAUAUAGCAGCACACGUUCAUCGCUCUGAAACAGUUUUUAAAAUUUCCAUUACAUAAUCCCAUGACUUGUAAGUUUGUGUAAAUAGAUAUUUUCUAUUUUUUUAUAUCGAGACAACGACGAGAUGGAACUUAAUUCUCUUCUUAUUCUGCUGGAGGCUGCAGAGUACUUGGAAAGAAGAGACAGAGAGGCAGAACAUGGUUAUGCGUCUGUUUUACCGUACAUGGACGACUUUUCCAGUAAGAAAACGAAAGCAUCGCCAAUUUCCCGAAAAACUCAGAACAAUAGAUCAUCGCACAACGAGUUGGAGAAACACAGACGUGCCAAACUACGGCUGUACUUGGACCAGUUGAAGAAGCUGGUGCCUUUGGGUCCAGACAGCACAAGACACACCACACUGAGCUUGCUGAAAAGGGCCAAGAUGCACAUCAAGAAGCUGGAGGAGCUGGACAAGAAGGCUUUAAACACGAAGGAGCAGCUGCAGAGAGAGCACCGCUACCUCAAACGCCGCCUGGAGCAGCUUUCUGUCUCCGGAUCCUCGGAGCGCAUCCGCACCGACAGCAUGGGCUCCACCAUCUCCACCGACUCUGAGCAAGGUACGCUGUUUUAAAAAAAGGCAACCAGC